UUCAGAGAUCACUCAAAAUCAAACGUUAUAGAAUUCACGCCAUACAAUCUAGUUUAAAUCUAAUCGUUUCGGUGUUCUCUAUAAAUUACUAUGUCUCUUCAAAAUCAAAAUCAGAAUCACUCGGGCCAGCGAUCAGCCAAACGAACCAAAUACUCUAAAGAUCCAAUUGACUUCUGCAAAGUUGGAGGACUGGCUCAUCACUUGGCUACUUUGAGGGAGGUGAUCAUUAUUCCUUUGCUUCAUAGCAAUGUAUUUGCUCAUUUCAAUAUGAAAGCGCCUAGAGGAGUAUUGUUUUAUGGACCACCAGGAACUGGAAAAACCUUGAUUGCUGCAGCUUUGGCGACAGAAAUAAAUAGGGAAGGAAUCGGAAAAGUGGCAUUUUUUGAAAGAAAAGGCGCAGAUGUCUUGGAUAAAUGGGUUGGAGGCUCAGAAAAAAACUUGAGAGACUUAUUCGACAAAGCUACCAAAUCAAGGCCUUCGAUUAUUUUCUUCGACGAAUUAGAUGGUCUAGCUCCAAUCAGAGACAAGCAAACUGAUCAAAUUCAUUCCAGCGUUGUAGCGACUCUGCUAGCUUUAAUGGAUGGACUGGAUAACAAACCUGGACUUAUAGUGAUAGGAGCUACUAAUAGGAUAGAAGCUAUCGAUCCAGCUUUACGCAGACCAGGAAGGUUCGAUAAAGAAAUGUACUUUCCUCUUCCUGGAGUGGAAGCGCGUAGAGAGAUUUUGGAGGUACAUACUUCGUCAUGGAAGUUCAAACCCAAUGGAAGGUUUCUUAAAACAUUAGUGGAUGCUACUUCGGGUUACAGUGGAGCAGAUUUACAAGCACUGUGCUCCGAAGCCUUAGUCAGGUGCAUGAAAAGAACUUAUCCGUGUUUGAAGAAGAUCAAAGUGAAUCCUGAAUCUCUUCGGAUAGAUGAAUGCGAUUUUCUUAAUGCCAGAUUAAACUUGGUGCCAUCUACGUUGAAAGCAGGCAACAAGAUGAGGAAAUUGAGUCCGAUCAUUCUGCCGUUACUAGAUGGACAAUUGAAAAAAAUAGUUAGAUCUAUACAUACAUUUUGGCCCCAUUUUUUAAAAGAGGAUUUUAGAUACCUUGUUGGUGAAGAGCGGUAUGCUGGUAAGGUAGUCUUACAAGGAAACAACAUGCAAGGACUAAACACUCAUUUGGUACCAGCACUGUUACAACGUCUAGAAUACCUACCCGCAUUCAUAUACGACAUAACGAAGAUAUUCAAGAAAAUUACUAUAUCCAAUAUCCAACACAAUUUUCCCUCGGUCAUUAUGCUGUCCAAAGUGGAUGAGUGGUGGAACUUUAUCGACGAAUGCGAACAACUAAGCAUAGUUUCAUCCCUGGAGGAAAUUCAUGCUGGACUACCUGUACUGGUUUUGGCAACCUGUCAGAAAGACGUACCUCUCAUGUUAAAGGACUUCUUCUACAAUAACAGUAGCAUCCUAUUGAAAAUCGAAAAUCCCACCGACGAGGAGAGGAAAGCCUUCUUCAAGCCGCUUUUUUUCGAUAAGAACAUCGUCAGCGUGACCAGCGUUUUGGAAAAUUUGAAACAAAUCGAAGAAAAGCCUUGCGUGAAACUGUACCCAUCCAGAACAGAGAUCCAAAUACUGAGACGUAGCAGACGUAAUGGAAAAUCUUUGGGAAACAUUUUGCUGAAAAAUAAACGUAAGAGAGACCCUUCAGGACCCUCAGGACCUAGCAGGAAAAAGUUAAAACCUAUGGAUAGUAUAAGCGACUUAUUUAAAUGUAACAGUACAAGCAGCUUAUACGAUAUGCACAAAGAAAUAAAGAAAGAAAAAAACACAGAAACUAGAAAAUGUGACAGCCUUAGCAGUAUCGCAAUCAAUGAACCAAAACAGUACUUUACUAAGAUUCUAUCAGGACUAUUGCAUCAAAGGCCAUCCAAAAGUUGCACCAACACCGGAACCAUCAAUCCACUGAAAACAUUGGUAUAUAACAGAACCAUAAAAUGGGACCAGAAAGAAAGUAACCACGAAGAUAUUUCUAUUUAUGAUGACCAGAUGCGUCAUAUUUAUGAUUUGUGGAAGCAUGUGUCUUUGGUAACCUCCAGGAAUAUGGCCGUGGCACAACUAGAGCUUCUCUAUGACGUCAUAUCAGCCUGCAUUAACAUUCAUUGGAAUUCCUUCGAUUCGUUAACAAAGAACUUGGAAAUAAUCUUGACAAACAUUGAAAAUUCAUAUUCCACGGACAGUGCAAGUGAAGCGUACACGUAAUAUUACAUAAUGGGAUUGUGAUUUAGAUAAAAUAAAAGUUUCAGGAAAAAAACGUUAAUUAUUUUAUAUUUU